UAGUGGGAAGGAAAGAAUGAGCAGUGGGGCUGCUGUAGUCUGCCCCUGCCCCUAUGGAAGGCAUGUAUUAUGCCUAGGUCCAUCUGGGAAGCAACCCAGUUUGGUUCGAAUCCCCGCUGGUGUUGUAGCAUAUGUCGAAGUAUGGUCAUCCAGCAGGACAGAAAAUUACUCAAAAGCCUUCGCACAACAACUUCUUGAUAUGGGAGCAAAAGUUUCGAAGAGUUUCAGCAAGCAAGUGACUCACGUGAUCUUUAAAGAGGGACACUUGUCUACAUGGAAUAGAGCUCAGAAGACUGGGGUUAAACUAGUAUCUGUGCUUUGGGUAGAAAAAUGCCGAGAAACUGGAUCACAUGUUAAUGAGGCACUGUAUCCUGCAGUCAAUACUAAUGAAGGAUUACCUCAUCUAAUUAAAAAGCACAAAUGCAUGCAGCCAAAAGACUAUGUUGAGAAGACUCCAGAAAAUGAUAAGAAAUUACAAAGAAGAUUGGAGAUGAUGACUAAAGAUUUGCAUGUACAAAAAGCAGCAACAGAAACAGAUAUACCAGUUUUAUUAUUUGAAGAUGAUGGUUCGUUAGUGUACAGCCCAGCAAGUAAAUUAAAGUAUCAGUGUACUGCAAUGGAAAGAAGAAUAAAGGACAUGAAGGAGAAAAGGGAAAACCUUUCUCUCACUGCUUCACAGAUGUCCCAGGUGUCUGACUCCAAUUCUGUUCCAACGGAGCACGAAGCAACUCUUGUUUCUACCAGAUCAACUUGUACAUUAUCAGAAAGAGACAGCAGCGAUCCUUUAAACUCAAGUUUCACGGACAUUUUGGGAAAUUCUGAAAGCAAGAGACUUAGAAAGGAAUCUACCAAAUGUAUGCUUCAACUUGAAACCACUGCAGAAAUGACUACAGCAACAUUAGCAAGCUCUCCUGCUUGCAGAGGUGACUGCAGACAUUUAAAGAAAAGACUAAUUCUGCCAAAUGACUUGGAGAGUGACUUCCUGGCCAAAAAGACAAAUUCUGAAAUGCUUUCACAAAAACAGAGUUACAGGGAUGAUUGGUAUACUGCUAGAACUGAAAAAUCAGUUCAUUUGGAAAUUGCUGAAGGUACCAACAACAAUCACUUAAAUUCAGAAAAAGGCAGUGGACGUUUUAGUGAUGUAACUUUUUCUACAUUAACAACUGAUUAUGUUUCCAUCAAUGAGCAGCAGAAAAAGCCCAGAAGGAGAUCAAGUAUUGAACCAAGCACCUCAGCGUUGUGUGUGAGAGAUUCUCACAAUGACUUUUUGCAAGCAAUACUUACUCCUGUUAAGUCACCUAAAGACCAAGAUUAUUCUUAUGAAGAUUAUUUUUCACCCACUAAUUUUAAUACAAACAAAAUAAGAGUUAGCCUUCCUUCUCAAUGUCUGCAGAAAUCACCGCGUCUCAGCAAAAUGGUAUGUGAAUAUAGCCCCUCAAGUAAGCAAAAGGCAAAAAUACAAGAGCCUAAUGAAAAAGGGGCAACUUCUAGCAAAAAGAGGAAAAGGGUGUCUGAGAUUAAUGAGAGUGCUGCAAGUAGUGAUUCUGUGCUGGCUCCAUCUCCACAGAAUAAAAAAAGUGCAACUUUAAAUAUGUCACAGAGAGAGAAAGGAACCAUUUUGGAAACUUCAGACUGUCAUCUGAAUCUUAGCAUUCAGAAAAAGAACUGCACAACCAAUGUAAAUGGAUGCUCUCCUAGAGCUGGUAAUAACACAUUUUCCAUAUGUGACAUCAAGGAAAGUUCUUGUGAACCUUUUCAUGACCUAAAGAAUGAGCCUAAACAAAAAUUAAAGAAAGCCAAGGGAAUAAAUAAGCCAUCAAGAACAUUAGUCAUGACAAGUAUGUGCUCUGAGAAGCAGAAUGCAGUUAUUCAGGUGGUGAAGAAAUUGGGAGGUUUUCUAUUUUCAGACCAAGUGUGUAAAAAUACAAGUCAUGUGAUUGCAGGGAGUCCACGUCGUACCUUAAAUGUACUGAUGGGAAUUGCUCGAGGCUGCUGGAUUGUAUGUUAUGAAUGGGUGUUGUGGUCUCUGGAAUAUGGCCACUGGAUUUCUGAAGAACCAUAUGAACUUUCAGUAGAUUUCCCUGCAGCUCCUCUGUCUGUGCCUACUGAAAGAUGGGGAACCUUCAGGGACAUUGUUUCAGGAAAUGCAGAGAAUAUAGAAGUUCAUCAAAAAUCUACUGUACCGCUUGCAUGAUGGAAAACACUAGUGCAUCAAUGCAGUAUUACUCUGUUUAUGUCUUUUGUAUGGCCUAUGGCUGUAAUAAAAUUGAUUGAUUAAUAGGUAUUACUCUGGAUGUCAGCCAGUUUUAUUCAUUGUAGCCACUGCUUGUCAGUAGGUAAAAAGAACAGACAGAGUUCAACUGAGGACUUUUGUAAGAAUGGAGACUAUACAGUUGGGCUUAAGUAAGCAGGGGAAAGUUUAGGUCUCAAUUCAUUACAUGGCAGUUUGCAUUUGUCCAAUAGGUUUCAGUAAGACCGAAUGUAUGUAAAUUGUACUCCACAUUGUGCAUGCAUGGGCUUGGGCAUGAAGAAAGCAGCCACUCAAGUUCUGGCAGAGUUUACAAAAUCUAUGUACAACAUGAUAUUUCCUGGUAUUGAUUAAUCAUUUCAGCUUCAUUCCGUUUCCAUUCCCUGGACUGAAGACUUCCUGUAUCUUUGAAAGUGUUCUUGAGGUUAAUGCAACUAGUUUGCGUCUCUGCUGGAAAAAAUGGAUUGACUACAUGAGUCUCUGCUGGGGGAAAGAAUAGAAAUCAACAAUAUAUCUGGAUAGGAAGAUUUAUUACCUGUUUUUUACUUGUAGUUUACCUAUCUCACUGGUCUGAUCCAAAAUCUGCCUUUCUAGUUUGUUAGUUGAAAGAGAAUGUUCCAGAAGCUGAUGCUCAAGUCUUGUUGUCUGAUUCAAUACCUGCAUUUUUGGGGGAAAAAGUUUGAUUUGUAUUUAAAUUUCAGAAUAAUCUACAGUGCAAUAACAUUUUAGUUAUAUGUUGUCACGUGAAAAAUGGAAAUCGAGUGGGACCAUAGCUCAGUGGUAGAGCAUCAGCUUGCAUGCAGAAGGUCCCAGUUCAAUUGCUUGCAUCUCCAGAUAGGACUAGGAAAGACUCCUGCCUAAAACCUUGAGGAGCUGUUGCCAGUAGACAAUACUGACCUAGAUGGACAAUCUGAUUUGGGAUAUGGUAGUUGCCUACGCUCCUGUGAAAUAGGAACAGUGCCUGCCAAGUUUUAUACACAUGCAAGCAUGUUUGCUUUCACACAUAAAUAUACUAAGUAGAACCAGAGUCUAAUCCUAAUUAUCUGAAUGAGAGGAAAAUGGAAGCUUUUAAAAUGUUUGGUAAGAUGAAGUGGCAUGUAUGUAUGACUGACUGUACUGUCAAUAGACUACAUGCAAUCCACACAUUCAGUAUUUUUUCAAUGUGUAGUAGCUGAACUGUCCUCAUUUCUGUAGAGAGACUACUGUACAGCCAAAUACCUACACAGAUAUAGGGCUGGAUUGGCAUUUUUCCUUUCUCUGACCAAAGAGGUCUUCCUCCCACAUAAGACCACCUUCUGUGGAAGGAAGGGAACCUUUCGAUCCAACUUGCUAGAUCUGACAGUGACUUUGGGGGCAGGGGAACUGCAGUGGCACUUCUUUAAGCUGCCAUACCUACAGGAAUCACUUGCAUGCUUCUGUGUUUGGUCUAAGUCUCUAUGUGACUAUAGCCCCAGGGAUCACAGUCAUGGAGCCCUUCCACCAGACAUAUGGGAGGAGGAGUGUUCUAUAGAUGUUGAUAACAGCUGGUCAUCUUCAGCACAACCCUCAGACUGGGUCACUACUAGUGCCCACCAUGAACUGGGAAGUAAGACUGAGAAAGAGUGAGGUCUUAUGGUCAUGCCAUAAGCCCAUGGAUGAACCUGGUUCUGAGUACAAUAUUCUAUGCACUAGAGCUCAGUAGCUGUCAAUAGUGAUUUAACGUUUCAGAACUGUUUGCUCUGUCAACACAUUCCAGCAAAGAAUCUACAUUAGCCUAUAGCAAGAGUUUUUGUAAGGCAACAAGUUUUGUUUCAGGUUAGAGGGCCUAAUUGGUUUAUAGUAGCGUGUGCAUUUGUUAGCAAGAGCCUACUUCAUUAAUUGCUUAGAUAUUAUAUCAUUGCUCUUACUCUCAGGUUUGUUCCCAGUCCUGUUUCAUGCCAUUUGAGUUUUUAAAUGAUGCUUCUUUUGUACCCAUGCAUAAGUUCUUUUAAGCUCAAGCAUGGCAUCUGUUUUUAAGAAUGAAGAGCAUUCUUUGUAUUACAUUGUUUUGUGUUGUAUUCUGCUACAUGUUAUUUAGUCUGUAUCACUUUCCUCAUUGUAUUUUAAAGCAACUGUUUUAAUUCAUCAAAAUUUGGCUUGAGCUGGCAGGAAGAAUUUAUUACUCAUAUCCUUCAUGUUGAACAGUCAUUCAGGACAUGAUUUCAUACUUAAGCAUAUUUCCAAAUUGUUGCCAAAGAAUUAGUGCCUUUGAGAGAGCAGUCAUUCACUUAAUGCCCUUGUGGUGCUAAUUAAAUUCUUAACUAGUCACCAAUACAAAUCUUUAGCUUCCAAGCAAACUGGUAAUAAAUGUUUCUGUCAUA